GUGUCGUCCUAUUCGAGCCGCGCCGAUCGAGCCAUGCUGUAUUGGUGUGCUCGCCUAGUGCUCGCCGCCGAGCGAGCUUUUUUGCUACGAUAGUGCUGCGCUAUCAGUUUGGCCUAUGCUGUAUAGUUGGUAUACUCGCCAGAUGUGUGCUCGCCUAUGCUCACCACUUGCUCUCGCCUAUGGCUCGAAUGGCUCACUGAUGCUCGCUGCUCGUCCCUCGCCUACGGCUCGGGCUAGCCGCGAGGGUCCCUCCCGGCGCACGAACCAUUUUUAUACGUUUCCCCCUCUCCUGGAGGCAGGAAAAGGUGUAGAUCCCAGAAAUUUCAUUUUGAAAAGUAUUACAUCGGUACUAAAGGAUGUUUUGUGUGAUGAGACUGUUCGAUCGCGCCGAUCACUCAACGAUCGAUAUCGGUCGACAGACUUAGAUCCUUGUCAUCAUCACUAUUCUAUCGUGAAGGAUAUCAACAACCGGUCAAGAAGGGAGAAGGGCAGGUUACAACAUGUUACAAUUUCUUGUCUCCGAGUACGACUCGUCAAGAGGAGAUGGGCAAACGUCCAUCGAAUCAGAGGCAACCUUCUGAUUCAGACUUGGAUUCAGCAUAACAGCCAGACGAACUGACCUUAUACCGAACGGCAUUCAACGAUCCGAAUCCUGUUUCUGCGACCGUGCGCCCG